AUGAAGAACAUUGCCGUCAAAAGGAUUAGCAAGGAUCUUAGGCUCCUUGUUGAGGAUGUUCACGCAUGUAGUGAAGCCAAGAGCACUCAUGGUACAGAAUCUGCUGUUAUUGUUGCUGUUGAUGCGGAUAGCACCUAUACCUGGACGCUGAAAGUGAAAGCUCCCACUGAUAGCAUCUACGGUGGCGCUGACAGCGUAUACCAACUUUCGGUACUUUUUUCCGAAGACUAUCCACAUGAGCCACCAAUGGUGCGUUUUGUUACCGCAAUAUACAGCCCCUUGGUGACAAAAGAAGGCGGAAUUUGUGAUCGGAUGGUUCGCAUCAACUGGACUCCUGACCAACAUGUCUCUGACGCCAUACAUCUUGUCUUGGAUAGCGUGUUUUCUCAAUACAAGAACUGCCAUGAAAAUGAUGUCUACCCUGAGGCACGUUAUUGUUUAGAUAAUUAUCCACAGGAAUUUGCUGAAAGAGUACGGCGGGGUCAUUGA